AUGGUGGUGGGGAGUUCGCAUGGGAGAUCUCUCCCUUAUCUCAUCUCAUCUGUCAGUGCGUCCUUCAGCCCGAAAGAUCAGCCCCAAGGACAGCAUGGCGAGGCAGAGGAGCCACCACCUCACUCUAACAGCCCUUAUCACUUCUCCCCUUCACCACCCGGCAUCAAGCACAGCAAACAAACACUUACCCAGCCUCUUCCUGACCCACAGACAGCCAGUACAGCGACUUCCCUGCACUCUUCGUCUUGUCACCGCCCCGCUUGGCUGCCAUCCGCCAGCCCUCAGCUGUCACUAUGACCGUCUUGGCCUUGUGUGCUUCGGCCUUGCUGCUGCUGGCAUGUGCCGGCAGCUGUCGCCCAGAGCGGUUACGGCGGCUACGGCUCCACUCCCGGUGUGUGCGAGAAGAAGGCUGAUGUGCACUACGAGUGCCCUUACGGCUUUGAGUUCGACGCCGGCUCACACAAGUGCAUCAAACACGACUACCAGGACAUCAAGUACUACUGCCCUCAGGUACUCAGACGCAAGCAGAACCCGUUGAUUGGUUGAUUUGCUCCCUUGAUUGUGGGUGCAGGGCACCAAGAAGACCGCCGAGGGCUGCGUCAAGUACGUCUAUGAGGAAAAGACACCCUACUGCAAACACGGCAAGCUCGACGGCCACAAGUGCUUCGAUUACGAGUACUACCCCGUCGAGUACCGAUGCCCUUACGGCUACGGCUUCACAGCCGACAAGGCCAAGUGCUACGCCGACAAGUAUGAAGACAAGCUCUACAAGUGCCCUUACGGCUACGAGCUGAC